ACACCGCCGGUCCUGGAUGUGAAAGUGAUUGUAGCUGGUGAUGAUGAUUGGUUGCCUCAGCCGCCAAAGGUUGUCUCCGAUAAAAGCAAAGAGUCCGGUGAAGAUUCUACCAUUAAAGCUUUGAGUGGAAGAAGAUGGAGCUCAUGUCUUUCACAAAAACUGUAGUAGAUGUGGUGCAGGAAGCAGAGGCAAGUAAAACUCACUGAAUGUAGAACUGCUGUUGGUGCUUUUGGAGGCGGAGAAUAUACUAAUGGAGUGUAUGCAACAGCGCUUAUGGUGGUUAAAGCUGGGAGCAGCGACCGUCCUGCCAUUCCAGGCUUAAACAGCCCACCUUUUCUUCCUGCUGAGGUACUCAGAGAAACUAUGGGUGAUCAUCCAUGUGUCAUGCGAAGAAGCCUUACAAAAUACAAGUCUUUGUUUCCCGCAAUCGAUUUUUCAACUAUUGUAGGUGACAAUGAUAUUUUGUGGAAGCCCAGUCCAAGAGAGACCUCAGACGAAGUUGCAGCUAGAGGUGUAGAGUUCGUUAACUGGUGAGUUCCAUGGAUAUUAAAUACAUUUUUGUUCCUUUUUAGUUACUAAUUAUUUUCCCAUUGACUUCAUGCAUGGUGUCUUGAGUUAUUUUGGGGAGAAUUGUGUCGACGACAUAAAGAAAAAGUUGUCUAUACAGUAAGAGACCUUACCACACAAACCUGAAGAAAUGCAUUAAUUGUUUACUAAUGAAACUAUGUAACAUUUUUUCAGCUUCGAAAAAAAUUAUGGUAGA